AUGCCACAGCCAGACGAAAAUGUUGGCAGGAUUCUGGCUUCGUCAGUAUCCGGUACGACACUUUUAAUUAUUGUCCAAGUAGCUUCUAGGCUAUUCACGUUCAUCGCAAAUCAAUUUAUCCUACGAACUCUAUCACCGGCAAUCCUUGGAGUUGGCACUCAACUGGAGUUGUACUUUAUUUCGAUACUGUACUUUUCCCGGGAGAGCAUCAGGACAGCGAUUCAACGACAACCUUUGCAUAGAAAUUUUUCCGCUGCUAACCCCAAGGAAAGCCCUGAUCAAAUAUGUGGAAAGCCCAAUCAAAAGAUUCAACCUCAGACAACAGAAUCGCAGUCGGUAGUGAACAUGUCUUACCUGAGUCUCAGUAUGGGAGUUCCAUCAGCCUUGAUAUUCGCGACAUUAUACAUACGUUUCGCCUCCCAGGAAGUUUCCGAAACGCCAUUUUAUCACGUUGGCGUGGCCAUCACCACCAUCGCAUCCCUUAUGGAGCUCUGCGUCGAGCCUUUCUUUGCUGUGGUUCAGCAGUACAUGCUAUACAAGAAGCGCGCAAUUGUUGAAACAGCCGCAGCAUUUAUAAAGAGCUUGGCCGUAUGUGGCUUGUUCACGUGGGCUUCCUGGAGUAGCCGCGACUUGGGUGUCUUACCAUUCGCGCUGGGCUAUUUUUGCUACUCCUUGGCUCUUAUAUCUGGGUAUUUUCUUACUAUACCAAAGUUAACAAGUCAAUGGCGGUUUUCGUUGCUCCUUACCCAGAUUAGCCCAAGGGAUAAUUCAACCUAUCUGUCGAACAGGUUUCCCAGGCGCUUAGUUGCACUCUCCACAAAUGUUUUUUUCCAGUCUAUUGUAAAACACCUGCUCACACAAGGUGACGCAAUGAUACUGGCAGUAAUGACUAGCUUGAAAGACCAAGGAAUAUAUUCCCUAGCCUCCAAUUACGGCGGUCUAGUAGCCCGUGUUCUAUUUCAACCCAUUGAAGAAAACAGCCGGAUUGUCUUUUCAUCUCUGCUUAACUCCGGGAAACAAUAUGGCAGCAAUGUCAGCGCAGCCAAGGCACAUCUAACUGACAUUCUACGGGCGUAUGGCAUGCUAACUGUCCUUAUAUUCCCUCUCGGUCCGUAUCUGGUUCCUCGAGUACUCCUUCUUCUUGGUGGACACAGGUGGGCUGCUCCUGAAGUUGGUAGCUUACUUUCACUAUAUUGCUAUUACAUACCAUUUUUGGCUUUCAAUGGUAUAACUGAAGCUUUCGUUACGUCUGCAGCUAGUCCCUCUGACCUCCGGAGACAAGCUUACUGGAUGGGACUGUUUUCAGCGAGCUUUGCUCUAGCAGCUUACCUAUUUCUAAAAAUUGGUGGCUUGGGUGCCCAUGGGUUAGUUUACGCUAACAUAUUCAAUAUGGCAGUCCGUACGGUCUGGAGCUUCAUCUUCCUUCGAUCGUAUUUCAGCCAGCACGGCAGUAGCCUAGCCCUGACUGAAAUCAGCGUACGACCCCAAACCUUGAUUGUUGGGGCUCUAUCAUCAAUCAUCCUAACCAGACAAAACUAUAACGACACUUACUCUCGCUAUUCUGUGAAGGCAUUAAUGUUUGGUAUUGGUUAUUGCCUCCUCGUGUAA